CUGUAAUUAUGUCGCUGAGAGCUCCUCCUCCACCCAUUUCUUAAUCCCUUAUAUCCUCUAAUACCGCGUCAAACAUUUAGGCUACCCUCUAAAGCUCCAGCUGCCGUCAACCAACGUAGUCUAUCAAAGUUCCUGUUGUGAAGCUCCGAGUUUGGGACAGCUUUUUAUUUAGGCUACCUCCGCUGGCGUCUGAGGAGAGAGAAAGGUCAGCUGAUCAGCAUGGCCUCCUCUGACGAUACAGAGGGGUCCCUGACUCCUGUGGAUUUUAUCCAGCUGCAGCAUUACAUGGAAUACAGCAGUUUGAGGGUGAAAGAUGUGAUCAAGGAGUUUCAACCUGGGGGUCGGCUGGCCCAGUACAGCAACGGAGAGUGCGUCGAUGCAGUUGGUUUCUGUCUCUUUCUUAAGACCUACCUAGAAGUGGAUGACUUCCCUGCAGAUUUUUGCCAACGCCUUUUUAGGUAUUUUCAACAUGUGGAGCAUGGGUCCACAAAGAGCCAUCUGCCCAAAGGAGGCGGGGUCUUUCUUCGUGAUGUGUCCUGUUACUUCUCAGUGCUGGAGGAAGGACAGCCCCGGGAGAAGCUUGAAUUUACUUUCAAACUGUAUGAUAAAGACUGCAACAAACUCCUGGACAGCUCAGAGGUGGAUCGUAUAAUCACCCAGAUGAUGCGAGCUGCUGAUUACCUGGGCUGGGACGUGACUGAACUCAGACCAGUGCUCAAAGACAUGAUGACAGCGAUCGAUGUGGAUGACAGUGGGACUGUCACUCUGGAGGAAUGGGUGAAGGGAGGCAUGAACAACGUGCCUUUACUUGUUCUGCUUGGACUGAAGAUGACAGAGAGGGAUGGGCAGCAUAUUUGGAGGAUGAAGCACUUUAACAGGCCAACCUACUGCAGUGUGUGUCAGAGCAUGCUGCUCGGCCUCGGGAAGCAGGGACUCUGCUGCACCUGUUGCAAGUACACCGUCCACAGUCAGUGUGCCAACAAGAAUCCCGAACCCUGUGCUCGUACUUUUGUUAAAUCUAAACCGAGGAUUGGUUGUCGCAACCACAACACACGAUCUGUGAUGGAUCACAACAGUGAACUGGCCAAGUUUCGUCAGCUGCUGCCGGAGGUAGCAGCUCACGACUGGAUCAGAGCUGACUGCAACUCUUCCAAGUGUCAGGUUUGCCACAAGAAGAUCAAAACUGUAGCGGGGAAACGUUGUGUGUGGUGCCAGGAGAUGCGUCAUGAUGAGUGUCUUUUCUCUGGCUUGUCCUCCUGUGAUUGUGGGCAACUUAGAGAUCAUAUUCUGCCUCCGUGGGCCAUAUACGCUGUCUCAAAGGAGGAGGACACUAGCUUGUUAAAUGUCACCCCUGAUGGCCACAUCCUGCAGGUCUGUCGUUGUCACAUAUUCCUACACACUCGCAUUUCUUUUCCAACUGUGCACUUGUGUCUUUUCUGUGAGGUGUAUUUCAAGUUGUCUUCUCAAACUACAAUCUUCAUAUCAUUGCUUUUGGAAGAGAUUGUCACGAUUCCAGACACCCACCCUCUGCUGGUGUUUGUGAACCCAAAAAGUGGAGGGAAGCAGGGUCAACGAGUGCUCAGGAAGUUUCAGUACCUGCUGAACCCACGUCAAGUGUACAACCUUUCCAACGGAGGUCCUACACCAGGACUACACUUCUUCCGCAACCUGCGUGAGUACAGGAUCUUGGUGUGUGGAGGAGACGGCACCGUUGGUUGGCUACUGGAUGCUAUAGACAAAGAAAACCUGCCGGUGCAUCCUCCAGUAGCUGUCCUGCCUCUGGGCACCGGGAAUGACCUGGCUCGCUGUCUUCGCUGGGGAGGAGGCUACGAUGGGUCAGACUUGAGAGAGAUCCUGAAGGAGAUCGAAGCUAGCCAGUUGGUUCUCAUGGACCGCUGGAGCAUCCAGGUGAUACCAGACGACCCCCAAGAGGCAGGAGACCCUGUGCCCUUCCAGAUCAUUAACAACUACUUCUCUAUUGGAGUGGAUGCCUCUAUCGCUCAUCGCUUCCAUUCCAUGAGAGAGAAACACCCCCAGAGAUUCAACAGCAGAAUGAAGAACAAACUUUGGUAUUUUGAGUUUGCCACUACUGAGACCAUUUCUGCGUCUUGUAAGAAGUUGAAGGAGUGUCUAAUGAUUGAGUGCUGUGGGAGGACCCUGGACCUGAGCAACAUGUCGCUGGAGGGCAUAGCUGUCCUCAACAUACCCAGCAUGCACGGAGGCUCCAACCUUUGGGGCGAGUCCAAGAAGCCUGAUAGUGUGCCAGAGGUGGAGAACAGUGAGGUUAUCACUGACCCUGACCUUUUAAAAACAAUCUCUCAAGAUAUGAGUGAUGAGCGUUUGGAAGUGGUGGGGCUGGAAGGAGCCAUAGAAAUGGGACAGAUCUACAGUGGACUGAAGAGAGCUGGGCACAGACUGGCACAGACUUCCCAAAUUACCAUCAGGACAAUCAAAGCCUUGCCCAUGCAAAUUGAUGGGGAGCCCUGGAUGCAGCCUCCAUGUACUAUCCACAUAACUCACAAGAACCAAGCUAACAUGCUGAUGGCUGCACCAACAAAACCAACCGGCUUCUUUCACCUCAAGUAGAUUAACGCUUCCACUACAUCCUCCAGUCUGCCGAGGGUCACAACAGAACAUCUAUAUUAUCUUGAAUGAUGCAGGAUGACUACACUAAAAGGGAGCGUCCAUCGCUGAGUGUGUAACUGUGUGUUUCUAUUAUUAAGUAUUAUUGUGUAUGUCUUUUGCACUUUAAUCCCUGAUAUAAUUCUAAAUAAUUACAGACAGUUUGCACUCAGGCAGAGACCACACUGAUAGGCCAGAUCAAAAGUGCAAAUUUCACUACUCAGUCUGAUCGCUGCUAUUGUGUGCCAACUUCAAUGCAAUGCAUCCUUUUGUUUUUCUGUAAAUAAAAGAGCAGAGAAUGUUCUACAGUAGACUGAUACAGAAUAUAUAUUGCUUAUUGUACGUUGUGAGAGCUUUUUUUGUGCUUAAUCAAAUUUACAGUAGUGUCUUGUAGAGUUUCAUCUGUACUUCCUAAUGCAGCUGGUGAUAAACUUGCUUUGUUCUGCCUUCAGAAGCUCCCAGCAGCUCACCCUUGAUCAACGACACUGUCCUACCUGUCUGUUCUUGUGACUUUCACUAUCAGUUUUCAUCCAACUAAAAGAAAAAUAUAUAAUGUAAUAAUUUCAUUGUUUUUUUUUACUGUUUAUUAGAUAGGUGGAGAAAUUAUUUGAGAAACACUUGACUGACUAUAAAUGUGGCUACAAAAAGAUUUGAUCCACAGUUAUAACUGAGUCCUGAAAGUGCUGGGCGGAGGGGUUUGACAGAGCUAUCCCAAAUUUUCCAAGUUCAGUGUAAAAGAACGCAUUCCAUUGAAUUUAAAACAUUAAGGUGCACUGGACAAGUUAGUUAGUUUAGUAAGUUUUCUGGAUGUUGUUGUACUGUAACUCCGCUCAUUGGCAGAGUUUGACAUUCGAGCCAGUGGGGUGCAAAAAAACAACAACAAAAAACUAAUUGUAGCAGCUGAGACCUGGCCUACCAAUUGGGGAACGAGCACAUAUGGACAAAACAAACAAACAUAAAUAAACAUGUAUGUUUAUUUUUAAAGCAGAUUUUAAAUUACAUUGUAACAAUUUAACAAUUUGUCCUUAUUAAAUCCAAUCGCGGCCCGGCUGUCUUGGAACAUUCACCAGCCAGCUCCAAACAGGUGAACGAGGCCUCUCCACUUCGCCAUUUAAACAAAGUGAAACUCUGUAGUGCUCCCCCCCCCACCCCACAAACUCUGUGUAUGACUACAAAAUUCUCUCAUUGCUGAUGCUUCUUAUAAGCAGUCACACAAUAGAGAUUUACCUUUAGAAAUCUAUUAAAGUCAAAUAUAUUCCACCUAAUAAUCUAUUUUGUGACUGGAGAAAUGUCGGGGGAAAAGGCUGAUAAGAUUGUGUUUCAGUGAUGUGCAUAUGUGUCUUCAACCUUCUGGAGUCAGUCUUGUGUUGGAUUUUCAGUGUAAACAUAUACAUGUAACAUGCUUUCAUUAUUAUUAUUAUUAUUAUUAUUAUUAUUAUUAUUAUUAUUGUAUUGUCUUAAUGUCAAAUUGUGUAGUUGUCCUUUGCAUUUGUUUCGACAAUACUGCAUAUUCAGGUUCAGUGAGGCUCAUACAGCAACGAAUUGUUCUCAGAAAGAAUUACAAUCUGUUGCCCCAACCCCAAAUCACUUUGUUAUAUAUUUUCUGACCUAUUUAUAUUUGUGGAGAUAUUACUGUUAUUUGCAGCUAAAUAAUACACUCUCAAAGUUUUGGUUACACUGGAAUAAUGGAGACUUUUACCAUAAGGUGCUAGUGUUUAUUAUGAGGAUACAGAAAACAUUUUUUUCAUUGAAAUCUUAAACUUUUAAAGGACAAAAGGCAGCAUAUUCAAAUGUUAACAUGGCCAUAUGCAUUGCAUAUUGCUUACACUGCAAAGUAGAAAAUACAGAAAAAUUGCCUGUAAAACAUCUUUAACACAUGUAGUGCACUCCUAAUGCUUAUCUGCCAUAAUGAAAGUUUAUCAGCA